GUUACAUAUGAAAAAGCAGAAUCAGCAAGAAAUAUGAUAGAAGUAAUAAAUAAUUAACCAUUUUUAUUAAAUGGAAAACCAAUUAAAGUUUAAUUAGUCUCUGGUGCCAAUAAUUAUAUGGAUUUAUAAUUAGAUGACGAUCUUGUUUAAAAUCCAGUGAUGAGAAUAACACUAAUGAAAAAAUUAAUGGAUGAUAGUCUAAUAGAUAAUGUAUUAAUAAAAUAAUCUUUAGAUUAAUUUACCUCCUUUAAUGACAUAAUUAGGACUUACUGUAUAAAGAAUUUUGAAUAUAAUCUAAUCUCCUAAUCCUACAUUAGGUUGUAUUUCUGGAUGGAUGCCACUUAAACACAAUCCUCCAGCCUGUCCUUGCACUACAAAGGUUAUUGUAUUAACAAAUAUGUGGACUGAUCUUGAGAUUUCAAAUUAGGCUGCUAUUGUUGAAUUAAAAGAAGAAGUUGAAAGUAAUUCAAUUUAUAAUAAUUAUUUUUAUAGAUGAAUGUAAAAAGUAUGGAGAAGUAGAAAUGGUAUGGGUAGACAAAAAAAAUGAAGGUAAUGUAAUCGUUGUUUUUAAAUAAUGGGAAGCGGCUAAAUAAGUAAAUGUUUUAAUGAACAACAGAAGAUUUGGAAAUAAAGUGGUGUAGAGUUAUUUCAUAACAGAGAGUCAAUUCAUGAGCAUCAUUAAAUGA